UUUCACAGCUCCGCCUAACAGUAUAUUUCACCUCCGAGGAUGAAACCUGUGUGGAUUUUGCUCUUGUCUCUGAACAUAAUAAUUUCAGCCCAUGUUGUGGAUUUUUCCAGAAAAUCAUUUAUUUCAAUUCUCUCAAUAAAGUCUGGAAACCAAGUAACUCUUCACUGCCCUCUUCAAGAAAUUCCCAAUGCUGUGAGUGUGGUUUGGUACAAACAGCAUUUUGGAGAAAUGCCCCAAAUGGGGGAAAGAUUAGCCUAUAAGGAGGUGAAAAUAAACCCCACUUUUGAUGCAUUAGGAUUUACAAUAGUAGCGAAUACUAAUGAGAUUUCUCUUACGAUACCACAAAUAAACUUUAAUGAUGGAGGACUUUACUACUGUGGGAAAAGCUACUUGGACGAUUUUGCAUUAUCCAGUGGCGUAUUCUUGGCAGUGACAGGAGAUAAAGAUGUAAAAGUCUCAGUGAACCAGAGCAGUGUAUCAGACUCGGUUCCUGCAGGAGCAUCAGUGACUCUGCAGUGUUCGGUUCUCUCUGAGAGCAGAGCAGCAGAACUCCAAGUGCUCUGGUUCAGAGCUGCUCCAUCACAAUCCCAUCCUCAAAUCAUUUACACUCAUCACAACAGCAGCCAUCAGUGUGAGAGCGAAUCUUCUACACACACCUGUGUGUACAACUUGUCCAAGAACAUCUUUAGCCUCAAUGAUACUGGAACUUACUACUGCGCUGUGGCCCUGUGUGGAAAGAUCAUUUUCGGGAACGGGACAAGAGUUCAGCUGGUAGCACCUGUGGAUCGGGUAGUGAUGUAUCUCGCUGUAGCAUUGGGGGCGUGCUUGCUUGUGAUUGUUUUUCACAUUAUAACAUGUAAAUGGAGGAACUGUGAACAUAUCAGUGUGAAAGCUGAAGAGAUGUCAGUACAGAAAACAUCAAGUCAGAGCCGUGAUGCAGCAGAGCUGAUUUUUGCUGCCUCACACAUCAAUAAAAGAAGUGGAACGAAAGAACGAGCUCAUGAUAAUGUGUAUACUGAAGUGAUUUACUCUACUGUUUCAUAGAUCAUAUGUUUACUCCAUGUUCUUCUUUGUCUCCUCCAUGUUCUUUCCCAAAAAAAACAAGGCAAUUAGUAAAUGUAAUAACAAUUUAAUAAUAUAAUGUCUGUGUGUGUUCAUGACUGUGAAUGACUGCAUGUACAUGGUUCCCUGUAAUGGACUAACAUCCUGUCUAAGCUGUACAUUUAGUUUAGUUAUUUGUCAGCUUUGUUGGAUGAAUCUGAGGGAUGUGGUGGAGAAACAGGACAAGACGAUUCCAUGAAGCUCCACAUCACAACUUACAGGACUACAAGGAUCUGCUGGUAAAAUCUUUGUGCUACAGUAUAUACCAUAACAUACGUUUAGAGGUCUUGUUGAGUCCAGGCCUUGUGGUGGCACAUGGAGAUCCUACACAAUACUACUGAUGUGGUUAUAAUGUUCCAUUUCAUUGGUGCACAUGUUCAUUAAAACAUCUUCUAUUACAUUAUAUACUAACAGUCAAUUUGUAUAAUCUCAUUGAUUAUUAUCAUUUUUAUUUUGUUUCCUGAAAAUGUAUAUUAUUAAUAUUAUGUUCUCUGAAAUGUUUGGGUAUAAAGGCUGCCGCACUGAAA